AUGAGUGGCGGCUUCAACUUCGGGCAGCCCUCCACGGGCUUUUCUUUCGGGGCCGCGAAGACCACGGCUACAGCGGCGCCCACCUUCGGCCUGACAACUUCCACCCCCGCAGCCACCGUAGGCAGCGGCGGCUUCACUUUCGGCUCGGCCCCUCAAACCGGCGCCAGUAGUAACCCGACCGGCGGUUUUAGCUUCGGCACCCCAGCGAAGAGUGGCUCUGCCGGCGGGAGCCUCGCUUUCGGUACCCCCACGACCACCACGUUUAGCCUAGGUUCCACUCCUCAAGCCGCUCCGGCUGCAGGUCUGACGCUGGGCACCAGUGCGGCUCCGACUUCAACGGCGUCGUCUGGCUUCAGCCUGGGUUCUGGGUCGACCGCUUCUACAGGCUUCUCAUUCGGGGCCCAAACCCAACCUCCAGCUCAAACCCAACCGGCAGCAGCAGCUCCUGCAGCCGCUCCAGCACCCACUACCACCGCAUCAGGAGGCCUGUCAUUUGGGGGCUUCAGUUUUGGUAGUAACAAAGUCCAAGUCGCCCCAACGGCAACCACAGCAAGUGCCACAGGGGGCGGCUUCUCCUUUGGGUCAAAUGCUGCCCCAAUUCUCACACUUGGUACCCAGGCCACUACCACCACUGCAGCCACAGCUCCACAGGGUGGAGGUUUCACCUUAGGAAUUAAACCCUCAACAACCCCAGCUCCUCCUGCAGUGACCCAAGCAGCUCCAUCUUUGUUCUCAGCCCCAACAACGACAACAGCUGCCGCCCCCACUACAGGUUUCAGUUUUGGUGCCGCGCCAAUUCAAGCCGCAGCACCGACUGCAACAACCACCGCCAGCGGGGGUCUGUCCUUCACGCUUAAACCUCUCGGAACGGUGACUUCCAGCACUGCCCCGGCUUCCGCCGCGCCGGCUACCACCACUACGGCGGGUUUCUCGCUGGGGCUCAAACCAUCAUCCGGCACGAGCGUCAUUACCACGACCUCGACUGCGGUGGCUCCGAUCGUCACCGCCGCUCCUGCCGUGAUGACCUACGCCCAACUAGAGGCCCUCAUAAACAAAUGGAGCCUGGAGUUGGAAGAUCAAGAGAGACAUUUCCUCCAGCAGGCCACCCAGGUCAACGCAUGGGACCGCAUGCUGGUGGAAAAUGGCGAGAAGAUCACAUCCCUGCACAAGGAGAUGGAGAAGGUGAAGCUGGACCAGAAGAGGCUUAACCAGGAGCUGGACUUCAUCCUAUCACAGCAAAAGGAGCUGGAGGACCUGCUGUGCCCACUGGAGGAGUCUGUAAAGGAGCAGAGUGGCACCAUCUACAUGCAGAAUGCCGACGAGGAGCGUGAGCGGACAUACAAGUUGGCGGAGAAUGUGGACGCCCAGCUCAAAAGAAUGUCCCAAGAUCUGAAGGAGAUCAUCGAGCACCUAAACACAUCCAGCGGCCCGGCCGACACCAGUGACCCGCUUCAGCAGAUCUGCAAAAUCCUCAACGCUCACAUGGAUUCGCUCCAAUGGAUCGACCAGAAUUCAGUGCUGCUGCAGAGACGAGUGGAGGAGGUGUCCAAACUGUGUGACAACCAGCGCAAGGAGCAGGAAAAGACCUUCCGUUUGACCUUUGACUGA